GUCAAUCACAAUGACAAGCAGAGUCAAGCCUCUCUGUUGUUGAUGCUCACAUUCAAUUGUAUCUCUACUCUAUCUGCAAACCAUGAAAUUUGCUUCUUCUGUAGUAUCCCUGUUGGCGACAACGUCUGGGACGUGUGCCUUUACCAUGGGGCCCGCCGUGGCGCUUGGUCGUGCCUCUUUGGCGCUCUUGCCCAUGUCCAUGAGUACCACCACCACCACCACCACAAGCGCCGCUACCGAAGAGGCGACAUGCACUGACACUGACAGCAACAGCAGUAGUGACGCCUACGAGGAACUCGUGUCGUACUUGCAAGAUAUUACCCACUUGUCUCGUGCUUCGGCCGUCCUGGGGUACGAUCAAAUGGUCUUCAUGCCGCAAACCGACCAAGCGUCCAAAGCCAGAGGACAGCAAUCGGCCGCAUUGGCCGCCGUCAUUCACGAUAAAUCCACCAGUCAGCAACUCGGGCAACUCUUGGAGCAAGCCGCAAAAGCUACGACUAGUGCAGAACAAGAACGGGUCUUGGCACUCGCCACCAAAGCGUACCAAAAGAAAAUCAAUAUUCCCACAGCAUUGGCAUCGCAACAAGCGUCGUUGUCCGCGGAAGCCUACAAUACAUGGGCCAAAGCUCGAGCCGAUAAGGACUACAGUCAAUUCCAAGAUAUUUUUGGAGAUUGCAUCCAAGUCGCCAAGGAAGUGGCCGAGGUCGUCCAAACACCCGAGGAAAAAGAAGCUAAAAAGUCGCUCUAUGCCACCAUGCUCGAUGAAUUUGAAACGGGAAUGGACCCCGUACGCAUGGACGAACUCUUUGCCGAAAUCCAACAAGCAUUGGUUCCACUGAUCGACAAGGUACUGGGAGACAACGCCACACCCCCGGACACAUCUUAUUUGUCGGGACAAUUUGACGUGCCCGCACAAGAAGCACUCUCGAAACAAAUUGUACGACAAAUUGGAUUUGACGACACGAACGGUCGUAUGGAUGUCAGUGUCCAUCCGUUUUCUUCGGGCAUUUCCAAACACGAUGUUCGCAUUACCACGCGAUUUCGCGAGGACGAAUGGUACCAAGGACUAGCUGGGAGUAUGCACGAAGCAGGACAUGCCAUGUACGAACAAAAUCUCGGUGAUUCCGGAUUGCCCGUCGACAGCGCCCUCAGUAUGGGCAUGCACGAGAGUCAAUCCUUGUUUUGGGAACGACACGUGGGUCUUUCCAAACCAUUUUGGCAAUUUGCGGCUCCUCUCGUCAAUGAAAAUUUGGGCAUGGACGCGACAUCGGCACAGCUGUAUGGAGCCGUCAAUCAUGCCAGUCGAUCCUUGAUUCGCGUCGAAGCCGACGAAUUGACGUAUCCCCUCCAUGUCAUUUUAAGGUAUCGAUUGGAACGCGAAUUUGUCGAAGGACGAUUGGACGUGAAGGAUAUUCCCACGGAAUGGAACAAGAGCAUGCAGGAAUUGUUAAACGUCGACGUCCCCGACGAUGCCAUGGGAUGUUUGCAAGAUGUCCAUUGGUCCAUGAUGGCCUACGGAUACUUUCCCACGUACUUGUUGGGUGCGGCCACAGCGGCACAAUGGGCCCAUUACUGUCAACAGGAUAUUCCCGAUUUUGACGACAGGGUGGCGGCUGGAGAAUUUGAUGAAAUCAAGGCUUGGAUGAUUGAAAAGGUACAUCAACAUGGUAGUCGCUACACUAGUUUGGACGAACACUUGCAAGCACAAGUGGGAGAACCGUUGAAUCCAAAGUACUUUAUCGAUUACUUGACGAAAAAGUACACGGAGCUGUACAAGUGCUAGCCACAGAAUACAGAAAGGUUUCAAGUAUCACAGUUUUUAAAAAUUAAUUAUACAGUUUGGUUCGUUC